GUGCGCACCUAGGAAAAAAGCCGGCACAGAGAGCAGACGGCGCGGCGGGCGUCCCCGCCGUGCCGGUAAGGCACUUUUCCUCACAAUCCCUAAAUGUUAUGCUUCCAUAUACGCCAUUGCACACAAUAUCACUAUCCGUAAGUGCUCCUAUGAGCCUAUGGAGUCAAUAUUACCUGCAACCCCUUGUUCUGACCACACUCCUAUAUAAAUCUAAGAUGUAUACAAGGCCAGUGUACAAUGUAACCUUCAUACAGUUGAGGGGCAGCUGCAAUCUGAAUGAGUUGCAUGCAGAUUUUAUACCAGUUACUACUUUUAUGAAUCACACCAAGAAUGCACGUCCGUGGCCUUGUUGUACUUUCAUCUUUAUUAUUUGGGGUAUCUGACAGAGUAAAUAAGAACUUCAACAAUUGCUAGCCAUGUAUUAAUAUUUUGGAUCAAGCUAUUUGAGUGGACCAUAAAUUUGCUGUAGCUGGCAAAGGAAAAGAACAAAGCGAAAAUGGGAAGGAAAAAAAUUCAAAUUACGCGGAUAAUGGAUGAACGAAACAGACAGGUAACAUUUACCAAGAGAAAGUUUGGGUUGAUGAAGAAGGCAUACGAACUGAGCGUACUUUGUGACUGUGAAAUUGCACUGAUUAUUUUCAAUGGCUCUAACAAGCUGUUUCAAUAUGCCAGCACGGAUAUGGACAAAGUCCUUCUCAAGUACACCGAGUACAAUGAGCCCCAUGAGAGCAGAACCAACUCUGACAUUGUGGAGACUCUCAAAAAGAAAGGCUUAGAUGGUUGUGAAAGCCCAGAUGAUCAGAGAUACUUUGAGGAGGAGACAUUCAACAAACUAAUUGAAGAUAGUGAUUUUGUUUUCAAGCGAGACUCUCCUGGAUUGCCACAGCAAACUUUUCCGAUGUCUGUCACUGUACCAGUGUCCAACCCAAACACUUUACCGUACAGUACUCCAGGGAACACAAUGGUUACUGCUUCAUUGGCUGCCAGCACAUCAUUAACGGAUGCAAGCAUGCUGUCCCCACCACAGACGACACUGCAUCGAAAUGUGGUUUCUCCUGGGGUGCCCCAGCGGCCUCCUAGCACAGGAAAUGCUGGUCGCUGUAGGAGCCCUGGAGCUUUGGCCUGGUUUCGCUGUGUCCCCUGGUGUAACUGUUGAAAUUCGGAACCGGAACUAUACAGAAGUGCAAAGAGUACAUGUUGAUGCAAUGAAUGGGAUUCUUUAGCACCACUGCAACUGCUCUUGUGGUCAUAAACAACCCCUUUACUGCUUUAAGUUUGUGUUCUAUGUUAAUAUGUACAUUUUUGGUAAAAGAUAGUUACAUUUAGUAAGCUAUGUUUUGAAUUUAUCAGGAAAUAAUUCUUAGGGUUUUGGGGGUAAAAAAAAAAUUGAGAGCUGCCAAGUUUUUUCUUAUUUAAGAAAACCUCCUUGGUAAAAAAUGCUUUCCCCAAAACCCUGCCUGAGUGCCUUAAAAUGUUUGGCAGCUUUUAGGUGCUUUUUAUUACAUAACAAUGUCCACUCUGGGAAACAUACCUCAACUUAGUUUUUCCCCCCGAAACGGAGUUCCUAUUGAUGUCUUUGUUUUGCUUUGGGGGUUUUAACUGUACAAAUCCUGUUUGGUAUUGGUGUUCGUGGGGAGUCUUUCAAAGUCAGUUGAGUUUUUUGUUUUUUUUUUUUAGGUUGUUCUUAUGAAAUUUUCUUUUAUUCUGUAUUUUGGACAAUAUAUCUUGUUACAGAAGGGGCAUAAUAAACUAAUUCUAACAUAUUAAAAA